CAAAUUCUUCUUAAACCUUAAAAAAAAAACGCUUCUUUUUUGAAAUAAAAAUUUUUUUUUCUUUAUCCAGUUUUAUAUAUAAAAAAAAAUAUGACAACUAAAGAAGUUUUAGAAUUUGAAAGAAAGUUACAUGAGCUCCUGGAGAGGAAACCUCCUGGGAUUAGUGCGUCGAAAAUUAAAGAUCUAACGAGAAUAGCGAUGACUAGCCCAAAGCAAUAUAAAAAUAUUGUAUACAGCGUACAGAAAUUCAUUCAGAGAUGCUCGGUCGAUUACAAAUUGGGUGCAUUAUAUGUUCUAGAUUCAAUAUCACAGGCGGCAGCAAGACAAAAAACUGCAGUAGCAGAAAAAGAUGAUAUUAAUUCUUCUGGUUGGUCGGGCGCUGAAUAUCUAGAGAGAUUCGAAAAAGUAUUGGAAGAAAUGUUUUCAAACAUAAUGCAAUGUCCAGAAUAUGAUAAGGAUAAAGUGAAACGUGUUCUAGAUAUAUGGAUUAGCAAAGAUGGUGGUAUUUAUAGUAGAGAAGUGUUACAAAAAAUAAAAGAGGCCCAUUUUCAACAAAGAACAAUGACGAAUGAUGCGAAUGGAGGCGAUCAUCACACGCCAUACAACCCUUUAGAUCAAACAACUUUAAAUCCGGCGACACUUGAUUCUUCAGCGUUAUUGGCUACUUUAAAUAACCUUACGCAAGGAACUUUAAAUAUUCCAUCAUUUUUAUCUUCUCAGGCGAUAAAUUCUGCCCCUAUGCAACCAAAUACAACAAUUCCUUAUAAUAAUAAUGUUAAUUUGCCACCCACAAGUACAUUAAAUCAUCAACCUACAAUGAACAAUGGUUAUAUGCAGCCAUAUAAUCCAAAUGUUAAUUUGAAAGGAAAUAGUUCAACAUCGCAUGAUCCUCUUGAAUUCGAUUAUGGAGAUAUGGAUGAAGCGGAUGAUCAAAAUAGUGAUAAAAAUAAUGCAGAGAAAUCGUUGAUUAAUAAUGCUCUAUCUGUUAACGCAGCUCAAGCGGCAACAAGCGCGGCUUCAACCGCACAAUUUAAUCAGGAUCAAUUCAAUUUGAUGGCAAAUCAAUUAUUUGCACCAUCGCAAAAUAUACCACCAAUUUCUGUAGCACAACCACAAAUCCCGCCCGGUCAACCACAACAAAUUCAGCAGCCUUCAGUGGUACCAAAUACGAGCAUGCCUUCAGUACCAUCUUUUCAAUAUCAACCGCCACCACAAAAUUGGGCUGCUCCCGGUCAACCACAGCAAAUCCCUCCCGGUAGUAUGCCACCACCUCCAGAACAUUAUCAGCCUCAACCUCCACCAUUUCCAAUUCCUCCAUGGACAAAUCAAAAUAUUCCUCCACCUCAACAAUGGAAUCCUAACGGUCCACCACCGCCGCAAUCGAAUGGAUCACAAUAUCAAAUUCCUAUGAAUCAGGCUUCCGGUCAACAACAACCUCCUUUCCAAAGUAAUCCACCACCUCCAGGUUUUCCGGCCCAACCUCCAGGACACCAAGUACCACCGCCAGGGCAGCCAUUACCUCCUCCGGGACAUCACGUGCCACCUCCUGGUCACCCAGCACAACCUCCCCCAGGUCUCCAAAAUCAACCACCAAUAGGUCACCCGAUGCCGCAACAAGGUCAACCAGUUAUACCAGGAUCACAAUCUGGACAGCCUUUACCACCUCCGGGGCAUCAAUUACCUCCACCUGGGCACCAUAUUACUCAACCACAGGGACAAACUGGUCCAAAUCAACAACAAAUUCUUCCAAAUCAAACUGUACAAACACAACCUCAACAAUCACAACAACAUGGUGUGGAUGUCUGCGUUGUAUAUGAAGACCAAAACGUUGGAAGAGAUGUAAUUAAAGUAUUGAGUCGAACGCUUUAUGUUGGAAGUGUUAUGGAACAUAUGACUAAACAGUAUAUCGAAGAUAUAUUUGCUAAACAUGGACCAGUAUCAACUGUUACGCUCAACUACGAUAAAAAUCAUGGAUUCGUGAAGAUGGAUACACGGGCAGCUGCUGCAAGAGCACUUCGAGGUGUUCGGAUGAAAGUACGAUGGGGUGUAGGAUUCGGACCAAAAGAUUGUUUUGAUUUUCCGUCAGGAGAAUCUUCAAUUCCACUUAGUAGACUAACAGAAACGGAUAGGAAGUGGUUGAUCACAAGCAAAUGUGGUGGUACAGGAGGUAGACCUGUGGUAGGUGGAGUUGUCGUUGAAGAACCUGAUAUAGUUAUUGGGGAAGGAUUUUCGAGCGGAUCAGCCAAUAAGAAAAUAGGACCAUUAUUUGAAAGUCCAGGACAUCGCAAUAGAAGAGAUCGGGAUCGGGAUGGUUAUGAUUUAGAUGAUAGUUCACGUCGUUCGUCAGAAUCAAGAAAAUUUUCCGAUGCAUCAUGGGAAGGUUCAGCUUCGCCUGUGAGACGCCCUUAUUCACCUUCUCGAAAUUGGUCGGAAAAAGGGCAGAAUUUGGCGGAUCAGAAAUAUUCUCCUGAAAAUCCGUUACAAUCUGCAGAUCAAAAUUCACCACAGAACACAGAUUCAACCAAUGAUAAUCAUAGUAGUCAAAGAAAUGAAAUAUCAUCUCCAUCAAAUCCUUCAUCUGGUAAAAAACGGGAAAGAGAACAAUUUAGUGCAGAUAGAGAUGAAGAACAUUAUCGUGAAACUGUAAAAAAAUCAAGAUGGGAUUGAUCAUGUAGUUGUUUACAUUUAUUAAAAGACUUUUUUUUUUAAAAAAAAAAAAAAAA